UGAGAAUGACCUGAACUGAAGAUUAAAUCUAUUUAUUGAAACAUAUUAUUCAUAUCCUGUGUGACGUAACUGGAGCCACCGCAGUAUUAUGGAAAACUGUGAUAUUUGGACUGGAUAUUAACUUGUCUUUUAGAGAAUAGAUUUAGUAUUCCAUUCUUCUGCAAUGGAUAAUUCAUGCAGAAAACUAAUAUUUAAUAUUUACAUAGGAUUUUACUGCUCAGCAAUCAUCCUGCCCCAAAUGUGCAUUUGUUCUUACUUCUCAACGCCAUCUAUUGAUCAGUUCAAUAAGGAUGCUGGGACUUUCCCAGUAGCCACCAAUGGGCAACCAUUUCCUUGGCAUGAGCUGAGGCUCCCCACUGUGGUCACUCCUCUCCACUAUGACCUUUUUGUCCACCCAAAUCUCACAUCCCUGGACUUUGUUGCAUCUGAGAAGAUUGAAGUCUUGGUCAGAGAUGCCACCCAAUUCAUCAUCUUGCACAGCACAGAUCUUGAAAUCACAAAUGCUACCCUUCAGUCAGAGGAAGAUGUGAGAUAUAGGAAACCAGGAAAAAAGCUGACUGUUUUGAGUUAUCCUGCUCAUCAACAAAUUGCACUGCUGGUUCCAGAGAAACUUAUGGCUGACCUGAGAUACUAUGUGACUAUUGACUUCCAGGCCAAGUUAGCUGAUGGUUUUGAAGGAUUUUAUAAAAGCACGUAUAGAACUCUUGGUGGUGAAACAAGAACAAUUGCAGUAACUGAUUUUGAGCCAACCCAGGCCCGAAUGGCCUUCCCUUGCUUUGAUGAACCACUGUUCAAAGCCAGCUUUUCGAUCAAGAUAAGAAGAGAGAGCAGACACAUUGCGCUAUCCAACAUGCCAAAGGUUAAGACAAUUGAACUUGAAGGAGGCCUCUUGGAAGAUCAUUUUGAAACUACUGUAAAAAUGAGUACAUAUCUUGUAGCCUACAUAGUUUGUGACUUCAACUCUGUGAGUGGCACAUCCUCAUCAGGGGUCAAGGUGUCCGUCUAUGCAUCCCCAGACAAAUGGAGUCAAACGCAUUAUGCUUUGGAAGCAUCAUUGAAGCUACUUGACUUUUACGAAAAUUACUUCGACAUCAACUAUCCACUCCCAAAACUAGAUCUAGUUGCGAUUCCUGACUUUGAAUCUGGAGCUAUGGAAAAUUGGGGCCUCAUCACGUAUCGAGAGACGUCACUGCUCUUUGAUCCCAAGACCUCUUCUGUUUCCGAUAAACUAUGGGUCACCAAAGUCGUAGCCCAUGAACUAGCACACCAGUGGUUUGGCAACCUGGUUACAAUGGAAUGGUGGAAUGAUAUUUGGCUCAAUGAGGGUUUUGCAACAUACAUGGAACUUAUCUCUGCUAAUGCUACGUAUCCAGAGUUAGAACUCGAUAACUAUUUUUUGGACUUGUGUUUCGAAGUAAUUAAAAGAGAUUCAUUAAAUUCAUCUCGUCCUAUCUCCAAUCAAGUAGAAACUCCUACUCAAAUAAAGGAAAUGUUCGAUACUGUUUCCUAUAAGAAGGGAGCUUGUAUUUUGAAUAUGCUCAAAGAUUUUCUGAGCGAGGAGAAAUUCCAGAAAGGAAUUAUCAACUACUUAAAGAAGUUCAGCUAUGGAAAUGCUAAGAAUGAUGAUUUGUGGAGCAGUCUGUCAAAUAGUUGUUUAGAAGGUGAUUUUACAUCUGGUGGAUUUUGUUAUUCUGAUUCCAAGACAACAAGCAACACACUCGCCUUUCUAGAGGAAAACAUGGAGGUCAAAGAGAUGAUGACUACAUGGACUCUGCAGAAAGGAAUCCCUCUCGUGGUGGUUAAACAAGAAGGGCGUUCUCUCAGACUGCAGCAGGAGCGCUUCCUGAGUGGGGUUUUCAAAGAGGACCCUGAGUGGAGGGCCCUGCAGGAAAGGUACCUUUGGCAUAUCCCACUGACCUACUCCACGAGUUCCUCUGAUGCAAUUCACAGACACAUCCUAAAAUCAAAGACAGAUACUCUGGAUUUACCUGAAAAGACCAGUUGGGUGAAAUUCAAUGUGGACUCAAAUGGCUACUACAUCGUUCACUAUGAGGGACAUGGAUGGGACCAACUCAUUACACAGCUGAAUCAGAACCACACACUUCUCAGACCUAAGGACAGAAUAGGUCUGAUUCAUGAUGCAUUUCAGCUAGUAAGCGCAGGAAGGUUGACCCUAGACAAAGCCCUUGACUUGACUCGCUAUCUUCAACAUGAGACAAACAUUCCUGCACUUCUCAAAGGCCUGGAAUAUUUAGAAACAUUUUACCACAUGAUGGACAGAAGGAAUAUUUCAGAUGUCACUGAAAAUCUCAAGCAUUACUUUCUCCGAUAUUUUAAGCCAGUGAUUGACACACAAAGCUGGAGCGACGAGGGCUCUGUCUGGGACAGGAUGCUUCGCUCAGUUCUCUUGAAGCUGGCCUGUUACCUGAACCACGCUCCUUGCAUCAGGAAGGCAACUCAACUCUUCUCUCAGUGGAUGGAAUCUGGUGGAAAAUUAAAUAUCCCAACAGAUGUUUUAAAGAUCGUUUAUUCGGUGGGUGCUCAGACAACAGCAGGAUGGAAUUACCUUUUAAAGCAAUAUGAACUGUCAGUGUCAGGUGCUGAAAAAAACAAAAUUCUGUAUGCAUUGUCAACCAGCAAACAUGAGGAAAAGUUAAUGAAACUGAUUGAACUAGGAAUGGAAGGAAAGGUUAUCAAGACACAGGACUUGGCAGCUCUUCUUCAUGCAAUUGCCAGAAAUCCAGAGGGGCAGCAAUUAGCCUGGAAUUUUGUAAGAGAAAACUGGACCGAACUCCUAAAAAAAUUUGGCUUGGGCUCAUUUCCCAUGAGAAUGAUCAUCUCUGGCACAACAGCUCACUUUUCUUCCAAGGAUGAGUUGCAAGAGGUGAAACUUUUCUUUGAAUUUCUUAAGGCCCAAGGAUCACAUCUGGAUGUUUUUCAAAUUGUUCUGGAAACCAUAUCCAAAAAUAUUAAGUGGCUGGAGAAGAAUCUUCCCACCCUGAGGACUUGGCUACUGGCUAGUAUUUAAAUGGUCUAUAGAAAGAGCACAUCAGAUGUGGCGAUGUGUGCGUGAAGUCGGCAAAGCUCAAGUCAGAGUUCAGCCUGCCCAGCUGCCUUCUCUCAGCUCUCUCUCUAGCUAACAGAUGUCUGAUGUCGGGGGUGGGGGAAGCCCAGUUCAGUAGCCUAUUUAAAAGUAAACUUCUGGGGCUGGCCCGGUGGCCCAGUGGUUGAGUUCGCGUACUCUGCUUCGGAGGCCCAGGGUUUUGCUUGUUCGGAUCCUGGGCGCCGACAUGGCACCGUUCA